GAGCAUGUUUUCUGGUGACACUUCCGGAUUCUGCGUAAACAUGUCCCCUUCCUCUCCUCGUAGUUCAGGAAUACGGAGGUGUGCUGCUGUGCCUCGUGGUGGCGCUGUCAAUGAAUAAAAUUGGCCAUAAAUGCAGUGAACAUUCAGGGUGAGGCAGAAAGUACCAUGCCUCACUGUUAGGGGGCAGUGUUGAACCCCAAACACACAACAGCCCGAGUCAGUGUGUGUAUAUAAAUAAUCAGGAUGUCUUAUCCUUCACCCCAUGACCGCACCCGUAAAGAAGACGAGGAUGACCCUGUUGAUCAGAUGAUAUCCCGUACUGGCUGUGCUGAGCUACAUUAUGCUGUGCAGCAGUGCAUGGCUGAACAUCAGGACUGGAGAGCAUGCCAGAAGCAGGUUCAGAGCUUCAAAGACUGCAUGACAAAUUUCCAAAACGCUCAGAAAGAACGGCGGAAAGCCCAAUCGCAAACCUCUAACAAGUCAACCAGUUGAACUCACAAAUCCAUGUGGUUUUGGGAUAAACUCAAGAACUGUCUGUGAUACUUUUAAAACCAAACACUGUAGUGAAUGUCAUAAUUACCAAUGAAAAUAAACUUUGAAAUGUGACAUGG